GGCGAACAAUCCAACAAUCCUCAAUUGAUUUGCUGAAUGAAACUCAAACAUUACCUUUGCAAUCUAAUCAUCACUGCAGAUUUGUUUUCGUGAUGGCGUCCUGGGUUCCAUACCUCACAUGCACCGCCUAGCUUGUUUCCAAAACAAAAACUUUCACAAAGUAGCAAAAUCUGUAGCACAAGCGCGACAAAUAUCGAUGACUGCUACUAACUGCUGCUGAUAAUGUGUCUGAUUGUUGAAGCAUAUUUUGGAGCAGAAUCGCAUGUUUAAUCAAUUCGCAAGUUCAGUUCUCGUUUAGACAUGCAUCGAUCGAAACAGAUGCUUCGCAUCAACAUGCAAUCAAUCAGUGUUUUCCUGGCCUUCCUGGCAGUGAGUGCUUCCGCAUCCCAGCUUCCCUUAACCACUAAUACUAGCCACGAGUACAGUUGCAUCGGUUCCCGUAAGCCAUGUACUCUUCAGGAUGUAGUUCUGGAGUCGGAAUCCGAGCUAGACCGAGUUACCUUCCCAGACAUCACCGAUCAGCUCAUCAUUGAAUCCGGCAAGAUUCCAAACUUUACACGCAAGCUGACCGAGAAGCUAGCCAGAAUAGUUGACCUUACUAUCAACCGUCUUCAGCUGAAAACUCUGUAUGUAAAACCAGAGAUAACCCAUCUGGCAGCUACGGACAACCAAAUUGAGACUCUUCUGUUGGAUAACAACCAGUCAAAGAUCUACGAAAUUCUAAGCCUGGAUCUGACUGGAAAUAAGCUUUCUGACGUUGAAGUUCUAUCGAGAUUCACCAAGCUACAACAGCUAACGCUGGAUGGGAACAGUCUCGAUCGACUGUCGAUGGAUUUUUUCACUGGUAUGUCCGAACUUCGGAAACUGUCGUUGGCCAACAAUCAGCUGUACAACGUUGAUACGAAAAAAACCUUGCAGCUUCUGAAAUUACGAUCCCUCUCGCUUGCCGGGAACCAACUAGUUGAGUUGAACGUUGAAAAGUGGGAGCUGGUUUCGUUGAUGGAGUUGGACAUCAGCAAUAACCAACUGUACCUACUACAUGGCAGUUUGGGGCAGUUUACAGCACUGGUUGAUGUGAAAAUAUCCAAAAACUACUGGAAGUGUGAAGUACUCGUAGGAAUAAUUCAACUGGAGCGUCUGAAGUUCGACCAUGAUGAGAGUGAUCGUUGCAAGAAAAAUGAUUUGUCCGAUGUGAAGCAAGUAUGUUGCAAGUACGAUGCGUCCACUAUUCUUGACACCAUUGCCAGUGACGAUUUUGGGCUGUUCAACAACAAGUGGGAGGAGUUACGUCAGUUGAAUGAAUCCUUCCAGCAGUUCAAGAAUACUACUGAGCAGGAUAAACAGCGGAUUGGAGAGUUAGAGGAGGACAAACAAAUCACGCUGGUGGAACGUAUCAAACAGUUGGAGGAUGAACAGAAGAAGAUAUGGGACAAGCUCAACGAUCAAGAGUCCGUAGCGGUUAAAGAGACGAAUGAGCUAAAGAAGGACAUCUCCUUCCAUAAUUCAACAAUUGAAAAUCUAAAAUCAAAACAGUCGGAUCUGGACUCGGAGCUGGAAGGUUUUGUAGAGAUAUUGAAUUCAUUGCGUGAGAGAAUGGACGAAAAAUUUGACGCUGUUGAUGAGGUUAAAAAGAAAAUGGCCGAUCUAGAGAACAAAUCAAAGGAGGUGGAAGCGAUUGAAAAAAGGGUCACAGCAGUGAGAGAAAAGUUCAAGCAUCUGGAAGUUCAACAAAUCAAAUAUUUCCUGUCGAGCGCAGAUCUGAAGAGUCAAAUCAUCGAAGUCAAAGGACAGUACUCAAAGUUAGUCGGAGAAACUGAUCAACUUCGAAAUCAAAUGGGGUAUGCUCAGGAAGAUAUUCAAAAAAUUCUUAAUAUUUUGGAUGAAAUCGAAAUUUCAGAAACCUAA